AUGUGUAGGGGUUGUCCCCCUAUCAUUCUUGGCGUUCUUACCUUAUCCUAUCCUAGCAACGUCAGGGGAUUGCCUCCUCGGUUGCUGAGCUCUGGAUGUGUAGGGGUUGUCCCCCUAUCAUUCUUGGCGGUCUUACCUUAUCCUAUCCUUGCAACGGGAUUGCCUCCUCGGUUGCUGAGCCCUGGAUGUGUAGGGGUUGUCCCCCUAUCAUUCUUGGCGGUCUUACCUUAUUCUGUCCUUGCAACGUCAGGGGAUUGCCUCCUCGGUUGCUUAGCCCUGGAUGUGUAG